AUGUGGAGCCUAGACGCUUUGCUAAACCCGACUCAAUCCGCUCUAACCUCGCUUGUCGCCGCAUUACCGACUUGGGCCACGCUACAGACGCAGAUGUCGUUCAACACACUUGCAAUUUUACCAUGCUAUUCUGCUUUCUGCGGUCUUUGGCUUUAUCCUGAUUUUUCAGCGUGCGACGAAGCGACGAUGGUCCGAUGUCGCUAUGCGUUCCGCCCGUCUCUAGUGUUUCGUGUGUCUCCAUGGAACCGCGGAAAUGUCCGUUGCGAAAGCACGCAAUAUCCGAUUGCAUGCAGUAUCCUCAAAUACCAAAAUCCACAACAAACGCGGAACUACCCAACCGCCCGAUCCGCUAGCAAUGCAAUAACACAGCCCCCCUCCCCCCGUCGUCAGAAGCGACCAGGACGGAUGCACAUCUUUUUUGGUUGA